AUGCAGUUCCGCGCCGCCCUCCUCGCCGCCCUCGCCACCACGGCGUCCGCUCGCAUCCACGGCAUCUCCUUCCCCAAGACGAUUAAGCCGGGCGAAGAGAUCACGGCCUACAUUGGCAGCGCCAACUACAUCCAGUCCGUCUACGAUGUGGCUAUCGCCUUUGGUAUCAACAGGGAGGAGGCUGCGUACCCCGACACCCUGGGGCCCGUUUUCGGAAGCUUUUACCUUGGACCCGUCGUUGGGUUGAAGGGUAUUCCCGUUGAGAAAAGAAUGCUAAUCAGUCGUCGCUGCUGCAGAGGGUCGAACCAGCUCAACAACAUCCCACAGCCCGUGACACUUCCCGAGAGCCUCGAAGCCGGCGAGUACGUCAUUGGAGCGAGUCUGCUCAGCUUGUACGGAGCGUCCGUCAACCCGGUUCUCGUCGGAUAUAACGUCACGGUGACUAUCGGCGAGGAAACGAGCGAGGAGUACGUCAACAGCUGGGAUGAGGAGUAA